CAGAAAUACUUGACAUCGAUUAAUUAUGAAAGUUCAAUUGAUUUGGUUUGUAAUCACCUUUCCUUAUGUUACACAAACUGAUAUAUUUAAAUAAAAACCAUCAAUAAUAUUAAUUAUUAUCAAUAUGGAACUGUUAAUUACAAAUUCACUGUCAAUUAAUUAUCACCCCUUUGUAUCUGGCAAAAUUGUUAUGAUGGGAAUAUACAUUAGAGUGAAACUUGAAUGACGUGUCCUUCUAAAGUACUUGUUCCGUAAUCAUUAAAACAAUCUGGAACAGAUUACAAAUCUUUAUCUUAUUAGAUUUUUUUACAAUAAUUAUUUCAGAUUAGAGGAAUCUUUCGUGGAGUUUUCAUUCUUAACCUUCUAGUAAUAUUGACAACCCACAUCAGUUUAUUGAGUUAAUUGUUUCAGUGAUUCCCAUCUCUCCUGAUGGGUCUCCUUCAGCUAAGAAGUUGCCAUUUUCUCAUAUUAUUUAUUAUAGUACAUAAUUGUGUGGCACCACCUGCUAAAUCUAAGCAACCUGUGGAAAAUGAAACUGUAGGUGAAGAAAAACCAGUUAGCUUAGAUGAAUUGGGAAUAGAGUACAACAGAUACUUGAAGGAGGUUGUGGAUGCUCUUGAAUCAGACCCUGAAUUUCGAAAGAAAUUGGAAACAGCUGAAGAAGCAGACUUCAGAAAUGGCAAAAUAGCUGCAGAAUUGGAAUAUGUAAAUCACCAUGUUCGCACUAAAUUGGAUGAGUUAAAACGUACUGAAUUGCAACGUUUACGUGACCUUGUAAAGCAAGCUGAAGAACUAGAUCAUAAUGAAAUUGAUCCAAACCAUAUUGAUCCUGGGCAUGUUGAUCACCAAAAUCCACACACUUUUGAAUCAGCUGAUUUGCACAAGCUUAUAACACAGGUAAGAAAAGAUUUGGCUGAAGCAGAUAGAAAAAGACGAGAAGAGUUCAAAGAGUAUGAAUUACAAAAAAAAUUUGAAACUGAACAGAAGUUGAAAGUGAUGGACGAGGAACAUAAAAAAAAAUUUUUGCAGGAAUUAGAAGAGCAAAAAAAGAAACAUUCACAACACGAGCCGCUUCAUCAUCCAGGAAGUAAAGCACAAUUAGAAGAAGUCUGGGAGAAAGAAGAUCACAUGGAAACUCAAAAGUUUAAUCCUAGAACAUUUUUCUUACUUCAUGAUAUAAAUGGUGAUGGAUACUGGGAUGAGGAUGAAGUUAAGGCUUUAUUUUUGAAAGAACUAGAUAAAUUGUAUCAAGCUGGCGUGCCUGAAGAUGAUAUGAGAGAAAGAGAAGAAGAAAUGGAAAGAAUGCGGGAACAUGUUUUCAAGGAAUCUGAUAGCAAUGGUGAUAGGCUCAUUAGCUACCAAGAGUUUUUGGAACAAACAAAAAAAAAAGAAUUUAACAGAGAUGAGGGAUGGGAAACUAUUGACUCCCAGCCUCAGUUUACUCAACAAGAGUAUGAAGAAUUUGAACGAAGGAGGCAAGAAGAAAUCCAACGAUUGAUAGAUCAAGGCUUGCUACAGCCUUACGCACCUGGUAUGAUGCCACCUCCUCCAUUAGCUCAUCAAGAUCACCAAUUUCAGCAAAAUCAUCCUGACGUUCAUAUGCAGCAACAGCAGCACUAUGCUCAGAAUAUGCCAUACCCACCACAUGGUGGUGCCCCACCUCAGUAUGCUCCUGGACAUGGACAAUAUGCCCCAGCGUAUACUAAUCAAGGAUCAGCUUAUACUAAUCAAGGAUCAGCGCCCAUUAAUCAAGGACCACCUCAUCCAGCUCAGGCUCCUCAGCAGGCAAAUCAAUAUCAUGCACCACCUAAUCUAGCUGAUCCAAAUGCCAUUCCUCAGCAACAUCAACCCUACCAAGUUCCUCAACAGGCAGGUGGGUAUCACGUUCCGUCUCAUCAAGUAGAUCCUAAUGCAGUUCCUCAACAGGCAGGUAAAUAUCACGUCCCAUCUCAUCAAGUAGAUCCUAAUGCAAUUCCUCAGCAGCACCCAUCUUUAAAAACAUCUGAUCAAGUUGUAAAGCAAGUGCCAAAUGCUGUGCCAGUUCAACAAAAUUUUAAUAAUAUGCCAUCAAAUCUGGGAAAGAUUCCUGAAAGCAAUCAAAUUCCUAAUGCUUAUGAAAAGGCACAGCCCGUUCAACCAAGUGGAAUACAAAAUGAUCCCAAAAAUGCUAUUCCUCAAGGGGGGGCACAAGGAAAUCAGAUCCCUCAGGUAAAAUACAAUGUACCUCAGCAACCUCAGUAUCAACCUGGUAAUGUCCAAUAUCAUUCCAAAAAUGAUGAUAAAAUAAAAGUGUAAAUGAAAAUAAAAGUUUCUACUUAAAAUCAAUCUUAUGUAAAAUGUACCUUCAUGUUUAUGUUUCAUAUUGUGGUGGUUAAAAUUAAAAUUUUAUACACCAGUAAAAUAAAAUUUAAAUAUUGGACUAAAAUAAAAUUUAAAUAUUGGACUAAAAUAAAAUUUAAAUUAUUG